CUCUGGCACAGCUUGACCCUUCAAAGGCACUGUCUCCCAGAUGGAAUAAUUCUGCUCAAAAUAUCCUGGAUCAAGCUUUGGCUGCACUCGGUGGAGAAGAUGUCAUUUCAGCACUUGAUGGAGUUACCUACUACUCUCCCACGUCAGCGCCGUCACCUGCAAUCCGAAUUUACCACGCAGCUAAUACUCUAUAGUGUUUAUCGGUCCCGAAGCCUUAUGCAAAGCUACAACUUGUACCACGCUGACACCCCGAUCGCUGUCUCUGGCUCCCAGAAUAUAUCAUUUAGUUUUGACUCUGGCGAGCUGACUCAACGAAUUGACCGCAAAUUCCACCCUUCCGAGUACUGGUCCUGGGCAACUCCCAGUAACGAUGAUUUCGAUCAUUCACUUGUUGUUCAUGGUGGCGAGAAUGGGUUUGCAUGCUACAUUCGUGGAAAUAACCAAGUGUGGCUUCCAACAAACCUUGCAUCAGGAUACACCGAUGGUAAGGAAAGACAUAUAGGGAUCCGACAUGCCAACACCUUUGCAUCUUCUUACCUUCUAGUUAUAGCUGCACUUGCCGAAUACUUCGUGUUGCAUGGAAAUAUGCUUUCCCCUAAGCUCCUCCUCCAAGUCAAAAUGCACGAGAAUAUUAAUUAUGUCGAUGUCGAAAUUAACGGGGCAAGCAUGCCCGCUGUUUACGACCCAGCCUUCGACAUCACCAUUAUCUUCGACAGUUCCAGUCAUCUUCCUCACAUCGUCCGAGCAGAGGAAAAUCACAUGAUAUAUGGACCGUCUACCAAUGACUUAUAUCUUUCUAGCUACAAAGCUGUCCAAGGCAUCAAGUUUCCCCAUAUCGUCCAGACAGUGUACAACUCCAGCACCCAGAAGCUCGAUGCUGUGAUUGAGGAUUACAUCAUAGAGGAAAUAGCUGUCAAUCCUGGAUUCCCAAAUGAUUUUUUCAGCGGCCUACCAGAGGGUGAGGGCUUCUUUCCUAAAAGUGCGCCAAGGAAAAUUGAGGGCUUCACGCAUGAUCGCAUCACCGAGUUCAGCUCCAACGGUCUUUGGUCUGGACUUACCAAUUCUACUGUCGACGGGAUCAAGCACGAUCGACCGGUUCCAGGUCUCCCUAAUACACAUUGGCUUACACUUGACGAUGACACACUUGGUGUCAAGCAAUUUAUUAUUGAAUUCGAGGACCAUGUGAUUGUGGGGGAUGCUCCACCUCAGUGGACGAAGGAGGUAAUUCUCUGGAUAGAGAAGAAUAUCCAAAAACCCAUCAAAUAUCUCUGGUGGCAGCCAACCCAUCACCACCGAGACCACAGCGGCGGCGCCAGCCAAUAUGUCAAGCUGGGCGCCAAACUGAUCGUGCCUGAAGUUGCCGCUAAAUACUGGGCCAGUAUUCCCAACGCAGAACUAAUUGUUUUCAAUGAGACCCAUCCCUAUGUUCAUAGCGAUGACAAGUACCAAGCCUGGUUCCUUUGGGAGAAGGAGGCUACGCACGCCAUCGACUUCUCCUACGCCUUUAUCACCAAAAAAUGUCCCACGGAGAAAUCUGAUGUUGCCGUGAUUGAGGCUGACGUUUGGCAUCCAGGCAUGCCUGAUGCCCAAAAUGAUCGCCAGCUGAUGCGAGAGUGGCUCAAUCAGGUCGAUAAAGAUGGUGUGCCAGACAAGGCUUAUGUGCUUCCUACUCAUGGCCAAGUCAGACACCUCAAGGAACUGACUGAGCACGCCGACUACGUGUAUCCCCUCAAGGGUGUGAAGGACUGGAUGGCUGGCGGGGGAAUUUGUUCAGAAGCCUAG